AAAUUAAUUUGACCACGGCCCCCGCCCCAAACGGGAGAAGAAAGUUGUCACUUUAAAUAUUCGUUUUAUUUGGUUCAUUUGCUCGUACCGUACAACUCAGCGCUGAGCAAUUGCACUUCCGAAAUUACGUGAUCGAGCUGAAAAUACAAUAACAAUGGCGAGCUUCACUCAAUUUGUUAUAUGUUUGGGAUUGAUUCUCAAGAUUUCACUUGCUGCUGAUGAGGCAAAGACUCCAUUCGACGAUGUUUUUGAAGAUGUAACAUCAUGUAGUUCAUCAUGUGAAAGGACGUAUCCCCUACACACAUAUCCAAAGAUGGAGGAUUUGCGAGCAUGUCAACGAGGAUGCCGUCUUUUUUCUAUGCUCGAAUUUGGUGAAGUAGAUUAUGAAACAACAGACUUUAAUAGUACCAAACAGGCUUGCAAAGGAGCUUGCCAUGAAGCAUAUAGCAAUGAUGAGCUGUUGUUUGCCUGCUGUCUCGGAUGUACAGAACAGGUUCCAUUUGCUAAACAGAUGAGAAGACAGUAUGCCAGCCAGGAAGCAAGCAUGCACCUCAUCGUCCCUCUCUUCUCAGUACAUAGCAUCUUUCAGCAGCUGACGUCCAGUGCACGAGGGGUCUCCUUCUCCCAGGCGAUGUUCUACUGGCAGGGCGAUAAUAAUCAGCUGUACAUCUUCGAGACCCAGCCAGAGAUUGAUAUCUUCACCGUAGAUCCUGACCCACAGGAUCCCUUCAAUUUUGGCAAGCAGUUCAACGGCUUUGAGACUAACCUAGAAGUACUUAACGAUCACGACCCGACCUCUGACCCUUCGCGACCUUACGCCACUCACCUUGAUACGUCUAGCUGGUUGGACUGCGUGGCCAAACGAUCAGGGCUCCCUCGCUGGCUACUCUCAAUCACCAUCCUCCUCUCCUCUGUCGCCCUCUUGUGGCUGUGCUGUGCAACCAUGGUUACCGCUCCAGAAAGGAGAGUCAGAGCACCUAAAUUAAGUAUCAAUGGAGACUUGGAAUACCUGAAGCAGAAUAAGAAAUGCCCCGAUGGACACAUUCCCAUUUAUAUCUCAACCUACACGACCAAGCCAAGCACCAAUGAUACCGAUGACGAUGUCGAACCGCUGCCACUCAACAUUGAUAUAAUCCCUACGCAAUCAAAGAUAUAGUCUGCAUGCCAGACAGACCCUUUCAUAAUAGAAAGGAGUUGUUUGGACACCCUGUUUUUCUUACAUAUAAUAUUCAGUUUACGUGCUGUAUCAUCUCAAAUGAAAUUGAUAAUCGGAUCAUGGUUGUAUUGCACAGCAACUGUACAUGUAUGGAGGUAUAUACUGAUAUAUUUUCAAUUUACAAACAAUAUAUAUUUAUAGUUCUAUAUUUAAACUCUGAUAUUGUCUGAUUGGAAUCAGUUUAGCCAAGAAGUUUUUAAGAAUUGAGACACAAGGGACAUCAGAUAAAUUCAUGAAUAGGUUUUAUGUUUCCCCAUCUAUUCAAAUUCCUUUGUUGAGUGCCCUGGCUGUCAGAAAUAAGACAUCCGUAUACAUGUAUUUUGCUGCUCUUAUCUCUGAAACAAAUAAUAUUGGAUACAUGUGUUUCAUAAUUCAUUGUACGCUCUUUCAUUCUCAUUUUACUCAGUAAAAAUAGUUCUAUACUGAGACAAAUACACUACAUUGUAUAACCUUUUUAAUGCUGCAUACGCCUUGUAUACAGGUGUGUGUAUUUCAUUCUACGUACCGAAAGGAACUCUAGGCAAAAAGUAUCAUAUUUUUCAAUCUAUCCAAUUUUGAUAUUUGUGUAGAUAAUCUUCAUACACCUUUAGAUACGUGUGUAAUAUUCACAGGUAGGAUGAAGUACACUUCAUGUAGCAAUUUUGUUUAAAAGUUGGGUACAUUACUAGGGGCUGAAAGAAAUAAUUUUUUUUAAAUGUAUCUUCAAACAGAGUUUGAACCUUGGUAUGGUGUAUUUUCAUUGUCGGUAUAUUGUUUUAAUAAUAGAUACCAUUAUUAGAAGUAGAGCUGUGCACAUUGAAACAUCACAUUUCUUGCAUGUUUUUCAAUGAAGAAUUUAGAUGAAAAUAUCUGCCAUGUUUUCAACCGAUGUUGCACUGGGACUAUCACCUCAUGCUUUCAUGUACUUGUAUAGCUAUAUCAUCAUUCAAAUAUUGAAUCAUUGCGAUUCUGGUUUUUCUCCUCAAUGCAAUAUUAUCAAGAUCCAUUUUUUUUUUUUCAUUUUUGGUAUGUUCAUGUACUGUUGAAUAGCAUAACUAGCAUUCUUGGAUUACGAUGGUAUACGAUGUACAUGUUUAUUGCUCUUUUAAUUGUAGUUAGAGGUUGCAUGUUCAUGUAGAAUUAUAUAAUUGGAAGUAUAACUGAAAAUGUAUUAUACAGAUGUAAAGUAGGGAUUUCUAUUUAUAUUUUAUUCACUUGAUAUACAUGUAGGUUUGGAUUUCCAUUCUUUGUGACGGUUUUGUGUAAUUUUUACAAGUUUAUAAUUUUUAUUUUUAAUCUGUAUUCCGUUAUUUGCACUUUUUUCCCUAUAAAUUCUUAGAUUGAUUUGUGGCAUUUUAUCCUGUAGUGGAAUAUUAUUUUCCCAAAAAAAAAAAAAAAAUUCAAUUGCAAUAGUGUGAUUUGCUGAUUACAAAACAGGGUCAUGGUUGCUUUCUUUACAUCUUAUCAAUUGAAGUAUUUCUAAAACAGUUUAAUUAUUUUGAUAUCCCAGUACCCUCCAACACAAAAGCAUACAUUCAUUCUUUACAAUUGAUAAUUAUUUAUGUGGUUUGCUAUCUAUUCAAAUAACAAUUAAUUUAAUGUUAAUUUGAUUGUAUGCUUUAUGUCAAGCCUGCCACACACCACGCGAUCUGACUGCGACACUAUUUUCAGACAAAUCGCAUUUUAAAGUUCCAAGAUGAACAAUGAUUUUAUUUGAAGUUCGGUGUAAUGCUAUGAAUGCUAAAAUCAGAAUUCUGCUUUGCUGCUAGCCUUCUGGUCGUAUAGAGUCCGAACUGUGUUCAAUUUGCAUCUUUUGAUGACGUCAUUAUGAUUUGGAAUGGAAUUUGCUGAUAUUCCUACAGGAAGGCUUGAAAUACACUGGAAUUAUUUUGCUUUCGUAUUCAUACCAAUGUUCAGAACUUUGAUUGUAAAGAUUUUUAUUUUGGAAUGCUCAUAUAAGAUGCUAUUACAAUUACAUACUUUGAAAAUUGGAUAGCAACGGAUCAUGCAGUGGGUGCUGGGCAUUUCUGGAACUAGAUUUCUUACCUGUAUUUUCAAUACAUGUUCUACAAAAGAGUGAAUAACUUUCAAGCAGGCCUUUGUUGCAGAACUGUUUUUAAAGAGCUUAUUAUUAUCA